ACAAGGACGGACGGGAAUCACCCCUCUCUCAGCUCUCAUGGCUCCACUUCUGCUCCUGUUGUUUCUUCUGUCUGAAGCAGUUUCUGUCAUUGUGGUAACAGUGCACCCUGGAGAUGAUGCCACUCUGCCAUGUGAAGCUGCUGAAUCCUCCAUCAGAGCUGUAGAGUGGACCAGAGACAUCCUGGAGCUAGAGUACGUCCUCUUUUACAGCGAUGGAUACUUAGAAACAGACGAACAGCAUCCAUCCUAUAAGGGCAGGGUGGAGCUGGUGGACAGAGAUCUGAAGGACGGAGACGUGUCUUUAACUCUGAAGAAUGUGAACAUCAACGACCAAGGAAUAUACGAGUGUCGAGUUGCAUCAGGUGGUUCAAGACGGAAAAAGAGAGCCAACAUCGACUCUGAGCCAAUCAGAACCAUCUGGCUGGACGUUACAGUCCCAGGUUCAAACAGCAGACGCCCCAAUGAUGGAAACUCCUCUCCUGUAGGCCUACAGGCUGGAUUGGGAGUAGGUGGUUCACUGCUUCUUGUAGCUGUUGCAGUGGUUUGUGUCCUGAUAUAUAAAAGACAUAAGGACAAGAGAUCAGGAGCGCCUGCAGCUGCAAGAUGAUGAAGCUUCGGCCGAUAAGUUCAUCUGACAACUCACAGUUCUCUUUACAACUGACUGCUUUCUCGUGUGUCGUAUA